AUGCGUCCCCCUUCCCUCGAUCUCAAGAGUUGUAGAGUGAAGAAGGUGUUCACUAACAAUGUAAACAAUGACAAUUCAGGCGCCGCUUCCGGUAGCGAGCGAAGCCCCUUGGAAUUAGAAUUCGGUGGUCUCUCCCCAGCUAGACUAUCAAUCUUUAACCUUGAGGAACCUUUUCCGUCCCCAACUCUCGAACGCCCCCUUCGCAUCAGAAGAAGAUCCGCAACUUCAAGCGUUCUUUCCGGCGCAUCUGGUGACAAUUCUAUGACUUCCAACCCCUCUCACAUUGAACCAAGACCUCGGUUCAUCUACUCCGGACCACCUUUACUUAUGAACCCCGACGGUAGUGUCAGAUCACCUCAUCGAACACCUAACCGUAUCAUCAAAAGUACUAUCAAGAAAGUUUGCCCACGAAAAACAUCCAGGAAACCAUUGAGCGAAUUGUUAUCUGCGCAACGCUACAGAGUGCUCUACACCAUUGUGGAGGAGCCCGAGGAAGAAUGGAGGGAUGAAUCUAAAAGGCAAGAGGAGGUUUGGGCGCAAGUGCUCACUCUUCUGAAUAUGUCUCUUGAUGAAUCGUUUAUGUGA